AUGUCGACAACUAGACUUCCCGAUCACUUGUGGUGGUGUCAUUCCCUUUGCUCCCUGCUCAGCUCUGUCCGACUCCUCUCGUCCGAUCCGGCUCAUACUCUGUUUUCCUAUCCUGUCAAUCUGUCUCUGUAUCUCCAUCUAUGUAGCACGCUCUCUCUCUUCUCCACACUACUGUACCACUUUCUCAUGCUCAUCUCUACAAGUCGGCGUCAGAUUGGUCCGUUCAGUCGGGCUGGCUCCGGCAAACCCAAGUCGCCAGAGGCCAAGCCCCGGGGGAUGUUGUGGCGUUUAUCACGUCUUAAAAUGGCCACCUUAUCGCCGCCAAGUUGGGUGCUCGACCUCGAGGCCUACUCACCUCGGCCGACGCACUCGACUCCGACAAGCCCGGCAGCCGGACAGGCGGUUCUCAGACUCGGCUUCUCCAUCGACACCCUCCUCCGGCCCGACUCGAACCCUCACCCUAGCCUGCUCGGUCCCGAGGCCUCGGCUCGAAACCGGCUCGCCGGAUGCAGGUACGAGGCGACGACGACGACGACGACGACGACGACGACGACUAUGACGGAGGCGGCGGUGGCGGACGAGGUCGAUUGGACGGCCGACACGGAAGAGCCGGUCUCUGCCACGUCUCGAGGCGAUUCGAGCUCGAGUCCCGCACUGACACUGGCUCGUUACGACGACGACGACGACGACAACGACGACGAGGUUUCUGUCUCCAGACCGAGCCAGCCUUCUGCAUGCUUGAGUCCGCAUGGCGCAGCCAAUUCUCUGACAACCCAUCGCGACGAGGUCGACAACAAAUUGGUGGAAACUGUGUCCGAGCCGAAGACGGCUUUGUCGGCGGCGGCAGUUGUCCUCAUGUUGAACGGCUUGCGGGAGUCAAACUCUCCUCCCGAAGCGCCUCUGCCCGAGUGGUUGAACAGAGAAGAUUCGUCUGUAGAUCCGUUGCUACUUCUGCUGCUUCGACAGCACUACAAUCAGCAUCAACAACAGCAUCAGCAUCGUCAGCAGAGCCAGUCGAAGCUGGCCGCUUCUUCAGACGGCAGCAAUUCAACCCUUCCGACCUGGCCGACCAGCCUCGACGGUACCGAAAGCGGCAGAACUGGCGAGCCAAUCGUGCCGUUCGGGCAGAUGGGUCGAGUUCGAGUCUCGACUCGGCCGACUGUUGCUGAGGCGAAAGGGACCGAAGCGGCGGAAGAGGUGACGACGGAGGCGAGCUCGAACCCGAUGGGGUCCAGCGAGGGGUGUUCCGCGUCGGGGCGAGGAAAGACUUCGGGACUCGGUUUCUCGUCGACCGGCCGACUCACGCUUCUCGGUAUGGCCGGACGAGAGACGAUUGUUGGUUGUCAUCGAGAACGUUUGUUCUGCUGUCUUUUAUUCCGGCUCAGAUUGUCUGGAUUGCGGUGA